AUGACUGAAGACGCAGACGCCAACACCACAGCACUCCCGCGCACAAUCAGCGGGAGUUUAGUCGACCACGUGAUGGAUCGGCACCUGAUCCCUUGGGCGCUGUAUGAUUUGUCCGGAGCUCGAGCUCCGUACUCUCUCGAAACGAUGCAGGACUACUUCCGGCGUUUCCGUGGGUUGCGUGGAAAGAGUCUUGAUGGCAUCUCGUACGAGUCGCUCCAGCGGUCAUGGUGUGCGUUCAUCCGGCGGUGGAACCGGAUGCUUGAAGACGGAAGAAACUUUCAGCAGUGGCUGGCCAAUCGUGAAGAUAUCCACGCCGAUCAUUCCAUCGGUGUACUGCGCGAGAAGAUCUGUGAAAACGCAUGGAACCUUGGCAACGACACGUCGCUGAGUAUCCACUCAGCGAGUAUGAACAGCUCUGGAUCGGACGAUACAAGCGCAGCUUGA